AUGUGCGAUUGGUCUUCUAUAGAGGAGGCUGAGGCGUUCUUGCUGAGCACCUGUCAUUUUUAUCCUGGGCUCUGUGGCAAUACUCAACCAGAAACCUGCGAUGGUCCAUGGCGGGCAUAUUCACAGCUGCAGGCGCUUCGCCGAUAUUUCUGUUUUGAGGAUGCGUCUUUUUUGCCUUCAAAAAUUGACAAGAGAGGACCGUUUCAUUUAUCACUGCAGCAGUUGCUAUCUGCCAGACUCUCGUUUUGCCGAGAUACGGCCAUGCGGGCCUUCACUCGAGUCGAGCACGUGGCUCCCGACAGCUCGGAUGAAGCUCCCACAACAGCAGGAGGUGGGAGUCAAAGUCUUUCGAAGCCCCUUCAGUUGCUAAAAGCUACCAUAGAACGUGUUCAUAACGAGCAGCAUAAAACAUUUGUGUGUGGAGUGUGGAACAAAAUAGAAGUGCCCGACAGUCUUGUAAAGGGCCCUUCCGCAAAAAGAGAGCUCUAUCGCAGCCCAUGGAGCGGACGCUAUCAAUUACCUCUUACUUUCCUUGAGGACCUCCGUUCUCGUGUGAGCGAGGAAACGCUUCGAUCUGAAAUAGAGGCCGAAGAUCGUAUACUAAGCCAGCAUAUCGAGCAGCUGCUACCGAAUGAUAGCACGGGAUCCUUUUCACGCACGUUGGAGCGUCAGCUCAACGAAAUUUUGCUAAAGUACAUGAAUGUCCAUGCACCGUUGCUUGAAUUCUGUGAAGUUCAUAUUUUAUCCGCCUCGUCGGUGGGCAAGCCUUUCGGCGUUGCCGCGACGGCAUUUGUGCGUGAGGUAGCGUCGGAAUACUUCCCUCACUCAGAGACUUGGGAUGUGGAGGCCUCCUUCACCUCGGUUCGUGCAGAUUUAGAAGUUGUGGUGGUGACCCUCAGCGAGCAGUUACCAACAUCGCCACCAGGUCAUGCAAUUCAACGCUUUGUAACAGGCCACGUCUUUCAUCUUAGCUGGGAUCCAUCGAGUGGCGAAGAUGUGGUUGCUAUUCGCCAUGAAUUCGGGGUUCUGAUAUGGCAACAGGCCCCUGCUGCUCCGCUGGCCACGGAUGCACAACCGACGGCAACGCUCCAGCUAUACCACCAGUGCACUUUUUUGGUCGAUACAAAGCCCGCGUCAACCUUCCGGCGGGCUCCCCACACGAGGGAAUCUGAGAAAUCGCGGGUUGAUACCGAUACGGUGUGGUGUUCGUCUGCCUUGAGUCCGUCUCUUGUAGCGCACUACCUUAUUGGACGAGUAAGAACGGUAGAAAACACUAUCAAGAACGUCGUUGUUGGACCUUGUAUCCGAUGCACAGUUCGUGAAAUCAGGGGUCAGACUUCUCCAUUGGAGCAUAAACUCGUGGAAGAAGCAUGUACAACACUUACAAAAGAGAAAACGGAUGACAGAGACCCUACGCCUAUUCAAUAG